AAGUACACAAUUUAUGCUGAGCCAUUUCGGUAAAUACUCCGUUUAAGUUUUGUUUGUUCAUUUCUUUACUUGAAUGCCCCGAAAUCUGAAUUCCGCCAUAGACAAGUAUUGUGCUCUAGUUAGCGGCUGUUUCACAGCCUUUUAGUGAAAUUAAUCGACUGAAGUGUGGCCUUAAGCGCAUUGGCCCCAUACAAGGUGGUUUUAUGGUGUAAAUCUAGCAGUAGGUUAAGGCUUUAACAUUUCAAGGCAACGACGCCCUGUAUAUUUUUAAUAUGAAAGUGCGCCUGGUUAUAUACAAGGUGUCCCGUUUAAAUUAAUGAAAUUUAAACUUUGUGUUUGCUUUGAACGCACGUCAAAUUCCCUGACAUUUUGUCAAUCAAGAGCGGGUUUUUAAACGCAUAGGGUGAGCGCAAGGCGCGGUGCCACUCUGCUUAUGAACGAUUACAGUCGUUCAUUUCCUCACACAAGAAAGUAGGAUGCCUGCGAGCAGUUUGAGGGCGGAUUGACCCCUCACCGUUUUGGUAAAAUGCCCGCAGUCCAAACCAAUUCCGACGGCUACUUGAAGACUGAGACCAUUCAGGAUGAUCAUCCCUCCGACAUUGUGGAUGAGGAGCAGGUCCAGCUUUCGCUGGACCCAAAAUACCAAGCGCUCUUUUCUCAAAUGUCGCGGGAAUCCGGAUGUUGGGGGAAGUUUUUUCCGAUCCCAUUCGAGCGAGCGUCCCACAGGUCCUGGUGGGACCCCACCUUCGACUCGGAGAUUCUGGAGGACCAAUACAAGAAGAGCGCCUUCCCCCACAACCGAUUUAAGUUCCGAUACGCCUUGUGGUACAUAAUCUGCGUGUCAACAUGCUGGCUUAUCUACCGAACAGGCCAGGGCCUACUCACAGAUUUCGCCGAUCUCACUCCCAUGAUAAUACUGUGCCUGUCCAUUCUCAUCUACAAUAUACUCAUCUUGUGGCAGACCUACACCAAAUUCUUCCAGCAGCACAUGGUGGCCAUAGCUCUCGGCUACGCCUUAACGCUGUGCCUGAUGUUCCUGGCAGCGACCGGGAGCGCUGAGUUCUGCAACUGCAUUCAACUGCUGAUAUUAACCUACACCCUCAUACCGCUCAAAUUCUACAUGGCACUGACAUUGGCCAUUGUCUACUCGGUUUUGUUCGAGUUAUCGGUGAGCUUCCUCUACAAGCCGACGGAAGAGCCGGACGAGACCCUAUUGACUGUGUUUACCAGGAUAUUAUCGCAUGUGGCCAUUCAUUUGAUCGGGUUGCACAUCUACCUGAUGAGCAAUGUGCGCAUGAGACAGACUUUUAUGAAAGUCGGCCAGAGUCUGCUGGUGAAGAAGCAGCUGGAGCUGGAGACGCGGCUGAAGGACAAUAUGAUUCACUCACUGAUGCCGCCCAGCGUCGCCAGUUGGCUGAUGCGUGAGGAAGAGACGCGACGCCCAUCCGGCGAGUCGGAGAACAAUUACAUCCGCUCCAUGUUCCGACCGUUUAACAUGGACACCAAGAACAACGUGAGCAUCCUCUUCGCGGACAUUGUGGGUUUUACCAAGAUGUCCGGCAACAAGAGCGCCGAGGAACUGGUGGAGAUUCUCAAUAAUCUCUUCCAGCGUUUUGACGAUCUCUGCAAAGAUCACAGCUGCGAGAAAAUUUCCACGCUAGGUGACUGCUACUACUGCGUAUCGGGCUGUCCGACUGCACGGCCCGAUCAUGCUCAAUGUUGCGUGGAAAUGGGAUUAAGCAUGAUCCAGGCCAUCAAGCAAUUCGACCAGGAGAAGCAUGAGAGCAUCAACAUGCGCGUCGGGAUCCAUACGGGGACUGUGCUGUGUGGAAUCGUCGGCACCAAACGUUUCAAGUUCGACGUGUGGAGCAACGAUGUGACCUUAGCCAAUAAAAUGGAGAGCACUGGCAAACCUGGCAUGGUGCACAUUUCCGAGAAAACCUCCAUGUUUCUCGACAAUCAGUAUCUGCUGGAGGAUGGCGAGUGUGUUUCAGGAUUGAAGACCUAUUUUAUCCUCGGUCAUAAAGUGGAUAAAUGUCCCUCCUACCAGGGCAGCUUCCGCGCAGAGGGACGACAGAAGUAUGGAAAUUCGCUCCAACUUUUCGUGUCGCCGCCGAUCUCCACCACGUCGCUGUCGCCCCACCAGAGACCCCGAGUGCUCUCCUGCGACACCUCACAUCUCAAGUCUCCCCAAAAUCAGAACUUCCUUUCCCCCGAUUCCUGCAUCAUGAAAGCUAACAGUUUGCCUAGCAUAUUAGACUCGGAAAGCGAGCAAGAUCCGCCCGAUGGGGUGCAGGUGGAGAACAUCAAAACGCCCACAUCGACUGCCAGUUCCGGCAAAUAUUCGAUCAAGCUAAAGAACUGGAAAAUUCCGAAAUUUAUGAGAAAAACCAGCACAAGCAGCAGCAAGCCGGACAUUGAUGUCGACUUUGUGUCUGGUGCAACUGAUGCCAGUGAGGAGGGAUAUCAACAAAUAGAAAUAUUGUCUCAGGUACCGACAAUAAUCGAGAGCACAACAGCCAACAGCAAGAAAAAAGACUCUGUAACAACGCUAUCGUCUCGCCACGAGGACUACCCGGCUUGCAAAGAGCCAAUCGACGUGAAAUCCUAUAUCAGCUUGUCCCGGAACGAUAUCAGCCUCUGGAACUAUUCCCAAGGCGCUGAGCUGAUCAGAGGAGGAAGCUACAGAGGCUGCGGCCGCUCAUUUAAUGCAGAAUUCGCCGUUCUGAACAGGACGGGUAGCAGUCGCUCGCGAAGGGGCAGAAGCCCGAAUUUGGACUCGCUGGAGCCUUUGGAGAGAGCUAGGAGUAACACUGUCACUGUGGGGAACAUCAGCAGACCCAAGCGCUCGUUCGACGUUCAAAGUCGGCUGCCCAGCAUUGCCAUGCUCGACGAGGAGCCACCUCACAGCAGGAAGGAUUCGGGGAUAAGAAGCAACAGCCGUAGAAGCAGCUUGCAGAUUGAUAACAGGCUGAUCAACCAAGAGAGUCUCCAGCACCGCCUGUCUGGUUACUACACGUCCAGCCAGAUCUCGAUGAACUCGGUGCAAGUGUCAAAGCUGGUAGCGUCCGACCCUCAGGGCCCAUUCUUCGACAAAUACGGCACUUGCAUCCAGAAUCUGCGCAAACAGUCGGACCGCCAGUUGAUAAAGUGCGUGCAAGACAACUCGCAGUCGCAAGGUUCGUACUUUACACACCCACCCCUGUCGCCCUGGACGCUCUUUUUCCAGGACAGCGCAAUCGAGCGCGCGUACCGCGAAAACGUCCAUCUCACCAAUCCCAGCUUGGAGGUAAGCACGCUUCCAAACUCGGGUUUUACCACGUACGUGGACAUUUGCGUCUCGUUCGUGGUUUUCUUGAUAGUGUCGGCGACUUUGGCGUUUGUUUACGGAAUCACACCGCUGUGGAUGGCCACUUUUGCGGUCUGCGCGCUCCUGCAGCUGCUCAAUCUGGGACUGUGUUUGGUGUCGGUGGUGAAGUGGAGCGAUCGGGUGUGUUGCGGCAGUCGCUUCUAUCGCUGGAAUCUUCUCGGUGCCAUUCUGGUGAGCGUGCCGAUGCUGAGUGCGCUGGUAAAUCUGACGCUUGACCUGGAGCUGACGCUCUACCACUUGAAAAUGUACAGCUAUCCGCUGUUUGUGGGGCUGAUGCACUUUUGCAACUUCACGCAACUGAACUGCUGGAUGAAGAGCGGCAUUGCCACCCUGAUCAGCCUGGGGGUGGCCAGUUUGCUGAUCGCCCAUCAGUUUGUGCCGCAAGAAGCGCAACCUUUGGCCACCAACGGCAGCGUCGGCCUCAAUCAGCAGGACUUCGAGGCGAGGCAACAGUGGCAGUUGAAGAACAUCGAACUGAUCGUGAACAUCAUGAUGCUGCUCCUGUUCGUCUGGUUGCUGAACCGCGAGUUCGAGAUCGGCUACCGGCUGAGCUUCCACACCAACCACAUGGCCAAUAAGAACAAGAUCGUGGUCGAAACCCUGAAGAACCAGGCCGACUAUUUGAUAUACAACAUUGUGCCCGAGCACGUGGCCGAGCAGCUGAAGAAGGAGGCCAAGUAUUCGGAGAACUUCAAGAACGUGGGGAUUAUCUUUGCCAGCAUUGUCAACUUCAACGAAAUGUACGACGAGAGUUUUGCAGGCGGGCGCGAGUUCCUGCGGGUGCUCAACGAGCUGAUCGGCGACUUCGACGAGCUUCUGUACAGGGAGGAGUUUCAAUGCGUGGAAAAGAUCAAAACGAUCGGCUCCACUUUCAUGGCGGCCAGCGGGCUCAACUCGCAGAUGCGCGCCCGGCAACUGGAUCCACACGAACAUCUCUACACCCUCAUGGAGUUCGCCAUGGAGAUGCAAGAUGUGGUGGAGAAGUUCAACCGCGAUCUUUUGGAGUUCAAUCUAAUCAUCCGCAUCGGUUACAACUUUGGCGACGUGACUGCUGCUGUGAUCGGCAACACCAAGCUCUACUACGACAUAUGGGGCGAUGCUGUUAAUAUCGCCUCCCGCAUGGACAGCACCGGUGUAAACGGGCGCAUUCAAGUGGGGCGCAAUUGUCUGGCCGUGCUGGAGCGCCGCUUUGAGUUUGAGCAUCGCGGCCUCGUUUACGUGAAGGGCAAAGACAACAUGGAUGUGUAUUUGCUGAAGAAGCGCAGGAAAGAGCUGGAGGGCGCCAGCCCUGAUUUUCUGACCAUCCCCGAGAGCUGAGCGGUUGGUAAGUACGGCGAAUUAGGCGCUGGGUAUACAGGGUUGAUUGUACUUUUCUGGGUGUCAGCACACCCAUGGUUGAGCUCAUUGAGUCGGUUUGCUAGGGUGGUUUGAUUGUGAACAGCAUCCAACGUCCAAGUCUGGAUUGGACAUUGGAAUAAAACACACAAAAUUGCUUGAGGCUUUAUAAGGCUUCACAUUGUUCAGGGAAAUUAAAAAAUGCGGGGUUUACAUGUAGAUGCUUAAAUUUAAAGCUCUCCAAGCCUCUAUUUUCUGCCAUUUGUCAGAUAAUAUCUUACUCUUCUAUUAGUGGACAGAUUUAAAGGGGGAAGUUGCAGAAAAAGCUGCUGUUUGCAUCUGAUUUUGAAAAUUUGCGCACAAAUUCCUAACUGACCACAUAAUAACACUGAAACUGCAAUCUUAGUUGUUCUGUUUUCAUUGGUAAAUUUAGCCCGUUUCCAACUCUCUCCAUUGAGAAAAAAAUUGACUUGAAUAAGACGAACGUACAAAAAUUGCGCCUCCUCCUGAUUUUGAAAAUUUGGUGAAAAAUCCCUGUUCGAGUCUUUUAAGCUGUGUUCUUCUUCAAAGCACGCGUAAAGCAACAUCCAAUAAAAUGCAAGAAAAUCCUUAAUAAUGGAGUCAGUUCGAAACAGAAAGGGUUUUUCUUUAUAAAUAGCGCUUUUCUCCAUUAAAUGCAACUCUUCAAUUGGACCAAAUUAAAUUUCAAAGACACACAAAAUACCACUGCUGAUGGCAGUAGUUCGAGACUUGCUGGGCUUUAUUUAAUGGAAAACCCGCAUGUUAGGCUUUCUAGUUCAUGUUAAAAAUGUUUAAACAAACAAACAAAAAAAUGGAUCUUUCCAGUAUUUAUAUUCAAAACAGUUCAGCAAAUGAACUGCAGGAAUGAAUAGUCGAUUUUAUUCAAUAAAUUGUGUGUGUAAAUUCAAGAAAAGGUCUUGACACCAACAUGCUUUCAACAUUUCUUAUCCAUUUUUAUACUGAGUAGAAAAUUAAAAUACUCGGCUCUAUAUAUACACAAAGUACAAAUAAUUAUGGCAAACAUGGGACGUAAAUCGCCUGUACAGUUCGAUGUCUUUAAAGCUUGUUAUUCACCUUAUAGUUAAUGAUUUCCAUAUGGUUUGUGUGCAACAGUGCCUCUUGCAAAUGGGCCUUUGGCGAGAACUGUGAUAGUUGUUUUUUGCAAACUUUCUUAACCAAAGCUUAGAUUUAUUACGGUUACGUUGAGUAAUUUGCGCUAAUAAUGCUGCUUUCCUUGCUCAUUAAACGAUAUUUGAAAGGGUCUAAACGCUGACGGGAAACGGCAACUUUUUGUUGGAUGAUGGUUCCAUGCUUUUUCGCCCUUAACGAACGCAAUUGAUAUUAAUAUGCGGUAGCUUUAACGGAAUACCUGUUCCUAAUACUUAAUAAAAUAAUUUAUUUAUGGUAAACUAGUGAUAAAAUGCCCUUAUAAGUGCAGAUAAUCUUCAAUAUUCCGGGUCCAAAAACUGAUAUAUGUACAUAGUUGUAGUUUGUAGUGCACAUUUACUCAUAGCUGCUUUUGACGGCAAAGCGUGUACAUUUGAUUGUUUUUAUCACCACAUAGUAUAUUGCAUUCCACGCCCUCUCCAGUGGACAUCAAAAUAUUUAUAUACAUACCCUACAUACACUUAGGCAGAUAAGUGAACGAGUUAAAAGGUUCGCAUUUUUCUAUGUUACCAGUGUACAUAUAUUAUUUAUCAGAUAUUUACUUUGUAUAUACAAUAUUGUUAUUGUUCUUUGUUGAUUUUUUCGUAAACAUCGGUUUCUAUUCAUGUUUUCUGUUUUGGUCAAGCAUACAUCGAUUUCUCUGCGUGCAUUCGGAAUGUCUCAACGCCAAUUGAAACACUCACACAAACACUAUUUUACAAUUUACAUAACUAUUUAAAGUGCCUUCUCUUCAACAUUUGAUUUCCUACUGCUAAGUGGCAUAACGAAUGUGCACCCGUCCUGUACCACUGUAACCAUGUCUGAAUAAACAAAUUUGAUUAAAGUGA